AGGCUCAGAAGCGCUGUAGAGCGCGGAGGGGAAGGAUAAGAGGGAGGGGAGAAGGCGGCUGGACGUGGUCGCGGUGGGGGCCUCUCCUCAGAGUUGGGAGUGGCGAUUGCCGGACGGCGGCGGGCGGAGCUCGGGAGUAGCGGCGUGAGGCGAUUUAUCGGUUAUCGGUCGGCGAAGUAUUUGUGUGAGGAGAGGGGGGAAGGGUGUCGGCGGCGGCGGCGGCCUCCGCCUCAGCAGGAGCAGCAGCUGCCGGCGCUCCUCCUCCGUCGACGUCUCCUUCCUGACUGACGGCGGGCUUUUGAGGCGGAGGCAGAGCCGCGGCUAGCGUCACGUGACCCCGGAAAGGAGAGCCGCCAAGAUGCACGGGGGAGCGCCCUCCGGGGACAGCGCAUGCCCACUGCGCACCAUCAAGCGCGUGCAGUUCGGCAUCCUCAGCCCGGAUGAGAUGAAACGGAUGUCAGUGACAGAAGGGGGCAUCAAGUACCCCGAGACAACAGAAGGGGGCCGCCCCAAGUUAGGGGGCUUGAUGGACCCUCGGCAGGGAGUGAUUGAGAGGACCGGGCGAUGCCAGACCUGUGCAGGCAACAUGACAGAAUGUCCUGGCCACUUUGGACACAUUGAGCUAGCCAAGCCUGUUUUCCACGUGGGUUUCUUGGGCAAGACAAUGAAAGUUCUCCGCUGCGUUUGCUUCUUCUGCUCCAAACUACUGGUUGACUCGAACAAUCCAAAGAUCAAAGAUAUCCUGGCCAAAUCCAAGGGACAACCAAAGAAGCGCCUGACCCACGUCUAUGACCUUUGCAAAGGCAAGAACAUCUGCGAAGGAGGAGAGGAGAUGGACAACAAGUUUGGCGUGGAGCAGCCGGAGGGAGACGAGGACAUCACAAAGGAAAAGGGCCACGGGGGCUGUGGGCGCUACCAGCCGAGAAUCCGCCGCUCGGGCCUGGAGCUGUACGCGGAGUGGAAGCAUGUCAACGAGGAUUCCCAGGAGAAGAAGAUCCUGCUCAGCCCGGAGCGGGUGCACGAGAUCUUCAAGCGCAUCUCGGACGAGGAGUGCUUCAUCCUGGGCAUGGACCCCAAGUUUGCCCGGCCAGAAUGGAUGAUCUGCACGGUGCUCCCCGUCCCACCGCUCUCCGUCAGGCCGGCCGUGGUCAUGCAGGGCUCUGCACGGAAUCAGGAUGACUUGACUCACAAACUGGCUGACAUUGUGAAGAUCAACAACCAGCUCCGGAGGAAUGAACAGAACGGGGCAGCUGCCCAUGUCAUUGCCGAAGAUGUCAAACUCCUGCAGUUUCACGUGGCCACCAUGGUGGACAACGAGCUGCCUGGGCUGCCCCGGGCCAUGCAGAAAUCAGGGCGACCUCUGAAAUCCCUGAAACAGCGUCUGAAGGGAAAAGAGGGGCGCGUGCGAGGGAACCUGAUGGGGAAACGAGUGGAUUUCUCGGCCCGGACCGUCAUCACGCCAGAUCCCAACCUCUCCAUCGAUCAGGUGGGAGUUCCUCGCUCCAUAGCUGCCAACAUGACCUUCGCAGAGAUAGUGACGCCCUUCAACAUUGACAGGCUCCAGGAGUUGGUCCGCAGAGGAAACAGCCAGUACCCUGGAGCAAAAUACAUUAUCCGGGACAAUGGGGACAGGAUUGACCUCCGUUUUCACCCCAAGCCCAGCGACCUCCACCUGCAAAUUGGCUACAAGGUUGAGCGACACAUGUGUGAUGGGGACAUUGUCAUUUUCAACCGGCAACCCACAUUGCACAAAAUGUCCAUGAUGGGUCACAGGGUCCGGAUCCUGCCGUGGUCCACCUUCCGCCUCAAUCUCAGUGUGACCACCCCAUACAACGCUGACUUUGAUGGUGACGAGAUGAACCUGCACCUCCCCCAGUCCCUUGAGACCCGGGCAGAGAUCCAGGAACUGGCCAUGGUGCCCCGUAUGAUCGUCACUCCCCAAUCCAACCGGCCCGUCAUGGGCAUCGUGCAGGACACUCUCACAGCCGUCCGCAAGUUCACCAAAAGAGAUGUCUUCCUGGAGAGGGGUGAGGUGAUGAACCUGCUGAUGUUCCUCUCCACCUGGGAUGGCAAGGUGCCGCAGCCGGCCAUCCUCAAACCGCGCCCGCUCUGGACCGGGAAGCAGAUCUUCUCCCUGAUCAUCCCUGGCCACAUCAACUGCAUCCGGACACACAGCACCCACCCUGAUGAUGAGGACAGUGGCCCUUACAAGCACAUCUCUCCUGGAGACACAAAGGUGAUUGUGGAAAACGGGGAGCUGAUCAUGGGGAUCUUGUGUAAGAAGUCUCUGGGCACCUCGGCUGGUUCCCUCGUCCACAUUUCCUACCUAGAGAUGGGCCACGACGUCACCCGCCUCUUCUACAGCAACAUCCAGACCGUCAUCAACAACUGGCUCCUGAUCGAAGGUCACACCAUCGGUAUUGGAGAUUCCAUUGCUGAUGCCAAGACCUACCAGGACAUUCAGAACACCAUCAAGAAGGCCAAGCAAGAUGUGAUAGAGGUCAUUGAGAAAGCUCACAACAAUGAGCUGGAGCCCACCCCUGGCAACACGCUGCGGCAGACCUUUGAGAACCAGGUCAACAGGAUCUUGAACGAUGCCCGAGACAAGACCGGUUCUUCAGCGCAGAAGUCCCUAUCGGAGUACAACAACUUCAAGUCCAUGGUGGUGUCAGGAGCCAAAGGCUCCAAGAUCAACAUCUCACAGGUCAUUGCUGUGGUGGGGCAGCAGAACGUUGAAGGGAAGCGCAUCCCAUUUGGCUUCAAGCACCGGACGCUGCCUCACUUCAUCAAGGACGACUAUGGUCCCGAAAGCAGGGGCUUUGUGGAGAACUCGUAUCUGGCCGGCCUGACCCCAACAGAGUUCUUCUUCCAUGCCAUGGGAGGCCGAGAGGGGCUGAUUGAUACAGCUGUGAAAACUGCAGAAACUGGUUACAUCCAGCGUCGACUGAUUAAAUCUAUGGAGUCGGUGAUGGUGAAGUAUGAUGCCACUGUGCGCAACUCCAUCAAUCAGGUGGUGCAGCUGCGUUAUGGCGAGGAUGGCCUGGCCGGGGAGAGCGUGGAAUUCCAGAACCUGGCCACACUCAAGCCCUCCAACAAGGCCUUUGAAAAGAAGUUCAAAUUUGAUUACACGAAUGAGCGGGCGCUGCGGCGUACCUUGCAAGAGGAGAUGGUGAAGGACAUUCUCAGCAAUGCCCACAUCCAGAACGAACUGGAGAGGGAGUUUGAGAAGAUGAAGGAGGACCGGGAGGUGUUGAGGGUCAUCUUCCCCACAGGGGACAGCAAGGUGGUUCUUCCCUGCAACUUGCUGCGUAUGAUCUGGAACGCUCAGAAAAUCUUCCACAUCAACACCCGCCUGCCCUCUGACUUGCACCCCAUCAAAGUGGUGGAUGGUGUGAAAGAGUUGAGCAAGAAGCUGGUGAUUGUGAAUGGGGACGACCCCUUGAGCAAGCAGGCCCAGGAGAACGCCACCCUCCUCUUCAACAUCCACCUGCGCUCCACACUCUGCAGCCGGCGCAUGAUUGAGGAGUUCCGCCUUAGUGGGGAGGCCUUUGACUGGCUCUUGGGCGAGAUCGAGUCCAAAUUCAACCAAGCCAUUGCCCAUCCUGGCGAGAUGGUGGGGGCUCUGGCUGCCCAGUCCCUGGGUGAGCCUGCCACUCAGAUGACCCUGAACACCUUCCAUUACGCCGGAGUCUCAGCAAAGAACGUAACGCUGGGUGUGCCUCGACUCAAGGAGUUGAUCAAUAUUUCAAAGAAACCCAAGACCCCCUCGCUGACUGUUUUCCUCUUGGGCCAGUCUGCGCGCGAUGCCGAGCGAGCCAAGGACAUCCUUUGCCGCUUGGAGCACACAACCCUUCGGAAGGUGACGGCCAACACGGCCAUCUACUAUGACCCAAACCCACAGAACACAGUAGUGGCUGAGGACCAGGAGUGGGUGAACGUGUACUACGAGAUGCCUGAUUUCGACGUGACCCGCAUCUCGCCCUGGCUGCUGCGUGUGGAGCUGGACCGGAAGCACAUGACGGACCGCAAGCUCACCAUGGAGCAGAUUGCAGAAAAAAUCAAUGCCGGGUUUGGGGAUGACUUGAAUUGCAUCUUUAAUGACGACAAUGCGGAGAAGUUGGUGCUGCGUAUCCGGAUCAUGAACAGUGAUGAGAACAAGAUGCAGGAGGAGGAAGAGGUGGUGGACAAGAUGGAUGACGAUGUCUUCCUACGUUGCAUUGAGUCCAACAUGUUGACUGAUAUGACCCUCCAAGGCAUUGAGCAGAUCAGCAAGGUGUACAUGCAUCUGCCUCAGACCGACAACAAAAAGAAGAUCAUCAUUACGGAGGACGGGGAAUUCAAGGCCUUGCAGGAGUGGAUCCUGGAGACAGAUGGCGUGAGCCUCAUGCGUGUGCUGAGUGAGAAGGACGUGGACCCUGUCCGGACCACCUCCAACGACAUUGUGGAGAUCUUCACGGUCUUGGGCAUUGAGGCCGUGCGGAAGGCUCUGGAGCGGGAGCUGUACCACGUCAUCUCUUUUGACGGUUCCUACGUCAACUACCGCCACUUGGCCCUGCUUUGCGACACCAUGACGUGCCGCGGGCACUUGAUGGCCAUCACUCGGCACGGAGUCAACCGUCAGGACACGGGGCCCCUCAUGAAGUGCUCCUUUGAAGAGACGGUUGACGUCUUGAUGGAAGCAGCCGCCCACGGUGAAAGCGACCCCAUGAAGGGCGUCUCGGAGAACAUCAUGUUGGGCCAGCUUGCCCCGGCAGGCACCGGCUGCUUCGACCUCUUAUUGGAUGCAGAGAAGUGCAAAUACGGCAUGGAGAUCCCCACCAACAUCCCUGGGUUGGGCGUGGGUGGCCCUACUGGCAUGUUCUUCGGCUCCGCUCCCAGCCCCAUGGGAGGGAUGUCGCCCGCCAUGACCCCCUGGAACCAAGGUGCCACACCAGCUUACGGAGCCUGGUCUCCCAGUGUCGGGAGUGGAAUGACUCCUGGGGCGGCUGGCUUUUCGCCCAGCGCUGCCUCAGAUGCCAGCGGCCUCAGUCCAGGCUAUUCUCCCGCCUGGUCACCUACUCCAGGUUCUCCUGGGUCUCCGGGACCUUCCAGCCCGUACAUCCCAUCACCAGGUGGGGCCAUGUCGCCCAGCUAUUCCCCAACAUCUCCUGCUUACGAGCCCCGUUCCCCUGGAGGAUACACACCACAAAGCCCUAGUUACAGCCCAACAUCCCCCUCAUACAGCCCAACAUCCCCCUCCUAUUCUCCUACCAGUCCCAACUACAGCCCCACUAGCCCCAGCUACAGCCCUACAUCCCCCAGUUAUUCUCCAACCAGUCCCAGUUACAGUCCAACUUCACCUAGCUACAGCCCAACUUCGCCCAGCUACAGCCCUACGUCCCCCAGUUAUUCUCCAACUAGCCCCAGCUACAGCCCCACAUCCCCCAGUUACAGCCCAACCAGUCCCAGCUACAGCCCCACAUCGCCAAGUUACUCCCCAACCAGUCCAAGCUACAGCCCUACAUCCCCCAGUUAUAGCCCAACCAGUCCAAGUUACAGCCCAACGUCUCCCAGUUACAGCCCUACGAGUCCAAGCUACAGCCCUACGAGCCCCAAUUACAGCCCAACUUCUCCCAAUUAUACCCCCACCUCCCCUAGUUACAGCCCGACUUCUCCCAGUUACAGCCCGACAUCUCCGAACUACACCCCGACGUCUCCGAACUACAGCCCGACCUCCCCCAGUUAUUCUCCAACCAGCCCAAGCUACAGCCCCACUUCGCCCAGCUACUCCCCCUCCAGCCCCCGCUACACCCCGCAGUCCCCGACGUAUACGCCUUCCUCGCCCAGCUACAGCCCCAGCUCUCCCAGCUACAGCCCCACCAGCCCCAAGUACACCCCCACCAGCCCCUCCUACAGCCCCAGCUCCCCGGAGUACACCCCGACGUCCCCCAAGUACAGCCCGACAUCCCCGAAGUACAGUCCGACGUCGCCCAAGUACAGCCCGACGUCGCCCACCUACAGCCCCACCACCCCCAAGUACAGCCCCACCUCGCCGACCUAUUCGCCCACUUCGCCCGUCUACACCCCGACCUCGCCGAAGUACAGCCCCACCAGCCCCACCUACUCGCCCACCUCCCCCAAGUACAGCCCCACCUCGCCCACCUAUUCGCCCACCUCGCCAAAAGGGUCCACCUACUCGCCCACCUCGCCGGGCUACAGCCCCACUUCGCCCACCUACAGCCUCACCAGCCCGGCCAUCAGCCCCGACGACAGCGACGAAGAGAACUGAAUGCGCGGGGAGGCCCCAGAGAAGACCGGUUGGGGGGUGACUUGCCCGCCGCGUGCUUUCUAGUUCUGCUGAAAAGCUUCGAAACAGUUUGGGAGACGGGGAAACUUGCCUUGAAAUCUCUUGUUGCUUUGAGUCAGCUGCAGCCUUGACAAUGUGCGACUGAGGAUGGGGAAUCCCAUGACUGCAAAUCCCAUCUCUCUUUCCCCCCGCAUCCCCCCAAUGGAGGAAGUUUUAGUCUCCGCUCUUCAUGUCUUGGUAUUUUUAUCUUUGGAAAAAAAAAUAAUCUUGUAAAUAAUCGAAAUAGACUACCUAACGAAUCGGCAAAUCAGGACCUCUGUGUGAAAGGGGUGGGAAGCGUAACCUUCCACUCUCAUUAAAUGUCACGUUUCUGGUCUCUCCUAACUGUUCAGGAGAGAGAAAAAGUGGCAUUUUGAAGCCAUGAUUACUUUGAGUGCCCAUUUGCCCUCCAUUGAUUCCUUAGCUUCUAUAAUACUCCUUUCCAUGUCUAUUGAGAAUUAUUUAUGUUGAAAACAUUAGGCAGUUUCCUGACUUAGGUGCAUUAUGUGUUGGCUUUUCCUCUCCUCCUUUGGCUGAACGAGAACGAAGGCCUUUUUAAAGAGGAGCGGGUUUUAACUCUUUGAGAAAAAAAAACAAUGGAUCAGGGUGGUUUGGUUUCCUUUGGUCCUGUGUUGCAUGUUGGAAAGUUUAGAAUUGAGCUCUGGCUUGGUUGCUUCAAGCAGGUUUUCCUCCUGGUCCUGCUCAACAGGAUCGAGAGAGAGAAAAAGGAAAGACGCCAGGCCACAACAGUUAAAAACAAUGUCAUUUUGUUGGGUGUUUGGAAUUCUUGCUUUUUUUUCCUCUGCACUCAAAAAAUUGUAACUUUCGGGGAGGGGAAAUAAAAACUUUUUUACUAACUGUU